AUGAUCAUCGGAGCAGUAAUGCAGGGCUUGUCGCAGAACCUCGCCAUGUUUAUCUUCAGUCGAAUUUUCCUUGGCCAUGGUAUUGUCUAUGCCAUCAUCUCCGGCGCCGCUCUUCUCGGCGAAUUAGGCCAUCCCAAAGAGCGACAGUUCUUAGGCAGUCUCUUCAACGCAUUCUUCGGAGUAGGCUCCGUGCUCGGGGCGGGUAUCGUCGUGCGUACGUUACUAAUCCCGAGCGACUGGUCUUGGCGCCUCCCCUCCAUCCUCCAAGCAGGCCCUUCUGUUAUCCAGAUCAUCUUUGCUUUCACGGUCCCGGAAAGCCCUCGAUGGCUGGUUUCAAAAGAUCGCAGCGAAGAAGCUCUUGAGAUCUUGAUCAAGUACCAUGCGGAAGGCGAUGCAUCGGCUGAGCUACCUCACCUUGAGAUUGCCGAGAUCAGGAAAGCCCUGGAGUUGGAGAACGAAUCGCGACAACGUGGCUGGGCCGAGCUCUUCCAAUCCAAAGGCAUGCGACACCGUGCUCUUGUCGCCGCCGGCCUUGGCAUCUUCGUCCAGUACAGCGGCAACAACCUCAUCAGCCAAUACCUUGUGCCUAUCCUGGAAAAGAUCGGCAUUGAAGAUAGUCAUACCCAGGUGCGCUACAACGUCGGCUCAGAAGCAUGGGGCUUCCUCAUGGCGCUUGUCAUGGCAACUGUCACACCCCGAUACCCACGUCGCAGGAUGUAUCUGCUGUGUGCGAGUUGCUUGUUGUGCGUGUAUACCGCUUGGACCAUUGCUCAGGCUCGUAAUCGCCAGACUGGAUCUAAAGAGACAGGCUAUGCGGUUCUGGUCAUGAUUUUUCUCUACAAGCCCGCCUACAACAUCGCCUACAAUGCCCUCACAUAUGUCUACAUGGUCGAAAUCUUCCCCUACUACGUCCGAACCAAGGGUCUCUCAUGGUUUCAACUCUUCAAUCGUUGCUCCGUCAUGCUUGGAUCCUUCACCAAUCCCAUCGGACUGGAAGACCUUGACUGGAAGUUCCUCUUCGUUUACAUAGCUUUGCUGUGUUGCGAGAUUGUGUUCAUCUACUUCCUGUUCCCGGAAACGUACGGAAAGACAUUGGAAGAGCUUACUUUCUUGUUCGAAAGUGAGAAGGACGACGCCGAUGCGCUCGCUGCAACCACCGCCAAGGUCAUGGGUCAGGAUAGCAACGCCAUCGAGCUUCAUGAAGCGCCAGACAAGAAGGCCUAA